AUGUUUGACCCCAUGGAUUAUCGGGACUUUAGAGCCGGUCUCCAGUUAUGCCAAGCCCCGCUUAACUCGCGGGUGCCUUCUCUUCUAUCUUUUUCGCCAAUUAAUGCUGACAUUAUUGUUGGCGUUUCAACUCGUCAACUAUAUGUGUGGAAACUGGAACGCUGUGAUAAACUGAGCUAUGUGAAAUGCGCGCGCACUCGUUUGCCACACGAAGAUGCACCCCUUGGCCUCUAUGUGGAACCUGAAUCCCACUUGAAUCCGGACUUAAUUGGUCCAGAUGAGACACCCGCUGUGCACAAAAUCCCACCAGACACGGUCGCAGGUAAAAAUCAGAGUUUAUGUGGUCGUCGAGCCCUACUACAGGUUGACCCAGACACAAUUGCCAUGGGUGUGGCCUACAACCCAACUUUGCCUGCUUCCGGACUGGCCGAGUACGCAGACACGAUCAACAACGACCCCCCGAGGAGUGGUUUCUCAGAAUUUGAUUUGGAAUCGAUGGUUUACACAACGGAUGGUCUCGUGACUGGUGGCAGAGGUGGCGAACUUCACUUGCUUAAUCUUCAACCCGACCAAGAAACUGAUUCUAGUACAGUCGUGGGUCUUGUAGCGCCAAACCGACAGACUGCGACUUUACUGCCGCCUGGGUCCUCCUUUGUGACGCUAUUGGGUCACUUAAUGCAUGCACAUUUGGAUACACUCGAUGAAUAUAUGGAUGUCAUUGACCCCUUCCCCAUCACCCACAUUGCCAUGUCCCCGACCUUCAAUAAAAUGCUGGUCGUUCGAGACAAUGGUGGAUUGUACAUCUACAAAAUGCUAAGGAUGGACGGAGUUCUUCAGCAGGUCGCCCUCCAAAAAAGUGUCAUGGGCUGUCAUAAUCCCUUCGUGGGAGUCGGUAUAGUCAAUGUCAAAAACGAAGUUUUUUGCGUGAGUGCCGAUACUGAGGGAAAUAUCUGCUUAUGGAAUAUUGAAAGUGGCGUGAAAGUUGGUGAAAUUGUGUUCGAAGUUCGCGCGCUUUGCAUGCGUGCACUUCCCGGAAUUCCGGUAGUCCUAGUCGGGCUUAACAGUGGGCAUGUGCAGUUCGUUGACUUUUCUACCCCGGAUUCACCCCGACUUCUCCGCUCCAUCAGAUUCUACAAAAAACCGGUUCGAGGUAUCUUCACGGAUCAGCACGGAGAUAUUAUUGUGAUCACUGCCAAAGAUGAAAAAAUUUUCCUUGUAUCCGGUGACCCAGGUCGGAAUUUCGAACCUCUAGGUUUCCUAGACCCAGAAGCUCAUCGUCUUGCCAAGUCGCAUGAGCUCAGGGGUGAUCGACUCCGCCUCAUUACGCUGACGGUCAUGCUGCCCCUGUCGGGUGCCUUCCUGAAUGUCAUUGAACCACAAGAAAAAGGAAAAGCAGCGACAAAGGACGAAGACACGCUGUCUCUUGGUGGCUUAGGUCUGCCGGUUCCUAGCGAAGAGACGGAAGGCAAUGAGGAGCCCUCCGAUAAAGAUUCGACAGCCUCAGCGCCGUUGGUCGUCACCCUAUACUCUCUGGACCAAGUGUCGCACGAAAUAGCUGUUAUCAACUUAACUCAGCUUGUAGCAGAACAUGGAGUCAACGAACUUCAGAGCCUGCACAUGCAUCAGUGCAGUGGAGCCGGUGUUAUCGAGGCAGCCAUCACACCGGAUAUGGAGAUGCUGGUCUCUGGCGGAUCAGACGGUCUACUCUGUGCAAUCCCAUUGGCGAACAACCUCCCCAAGGUACCUAGCGAUGUUGUAGAAGCUCUGGCAUUAAAUAGCAAGGGCAAGUUAAAGGCACUUCAAGAUUUCCAAGCAUACGUUCCCGUAGACCAGUCUGCCAACGCCUACACUGGUUCUAGAGACGACCGCGAGGACACCCAACUGAACUUCAACCAGAACGCAGGUGAAGACAGUGCCAGCAAGAGCCGGUCGAAAAAUACGCCUGCUGGAAAGACGCGUGGUGGAAGUAGGCAACAACCGAAAAAGUCCAUAAUAUCUUUCGAGGCCUUCAUUCCGAAGGACCUUGAGGAAACCAACGAAGAAAGCGAAGCACAAGACCCUACCUGGCUCGAGGAAGAGAUGUUCAAACAACAGAGGGAGGACGUAAAGACACUCACUUCAACAAAGGAGCAGAUCAUUGAGGAUAUGGCCCACAUGAACGACAACCUGACUGAUCUUCAAAGGGUGGAGACAACAGAGUUUGAGCUGGACACCGAAGAGCAUAAUGCUAUUUUAGAUGAAACCAACUUAAUAUUAAAAAACAAACGUAAGGAAAUCAUGUGCAAUGACCUGAUAAAACGAUUCACGCACGAUGUUAUCAAGAAGCAAUGUUGGGACAGUCACCAAGUCAAGGGUCGGAGUCUUCUGGCCUACGACUUUCCGAUUCGAGUCGACAACUACCCCUUAUAUGAGAUGAGACCGGAACAAACAAAACUGCUGAAGCAAGCUCAGAUCCGGCGUCGCGUGGAAAUCAACUUAUCUUCAUUCCGUCAGAAAAUUGCUGAAGCACAAUCAUUAGUGCGGAAGGAGUCCACCAGAGAUAGUGAAGCCUCAUCAGAAGAUGCAGAUGAGGAGGAACAAGCUCCAGAAGAAAAGAAUUUGGUUCAAGCUGGGGGCACAGCCGAAAAAUUUGGAGUUCGGACUGAUCUCCUUUAUGGACAGCUUGAGAUUUUCACCACAGAUCAGAAACUAACUCAGAUCAUACUCAUAAAGGUGAGGAUUUCGGUUGUUGGAAUGUCCGGAUUGAUACAGAACUAA